GGUGGUGACCGCCGCGGCGCCGACGGCGAUGAACAUCAGCGAGCUGUGCGCCGAGUCCGUCGUCGGACGCCGUGACGAAUGUGCUCAGUGGGCGAACGCUACGCUCGCAGAGUGCGCUCGCAGGGCCAACGCCACGCUCGCCGAAUGCGCGCCGGGGGCCAACAGCACGCUCAACGACACCAACGUCAACCAGUUCUACUUUUACAAGACAGAGACGCUGACGUUCCUCUGGAUCCUUUUCAUCCUCAUCAUGCUGGGGAACUCGGCGGUGGUGAUAGCACUGGUCACAUCCAAGGCCAGGAAAUCGCGGACAAACUUCUUCAUUCUGCAUCUCGCGUUUGCAGACCUCUCAGUGGGACUCAUCAGUGUGCUGACCGACAUCUUCUGGAAAAUGACGGUCUCCUGGAAUGCUGGUAAUGUCGCCUGCAAGAUCAUCAAGUUCUUCCAGAUCCUGGUCACCUACUCGUCCACGUACGUGCUGGUGGCCCUGAGCAUCGACCGGUGCGACGCCAUCACGCACCCGAUGAACUUCACCGGCAGCUGGCGGCGCGCCAAGCUGCUGAUAGCAUCCGCCUGGGCGCUCAGCGCCCUCUUCUCGCUGCCCUACCUGUACAUGUAUGAGGAGCAGCUGGUCGAAGAGCGAGUUGAGUGCUGGAUUGACCUGGGCACACCGCGCAACUGGCAGAUCUACGUGACGGUGACGGCCACCUCGCUGUUCAUCCUGCCGGCGGUGCUCAUCGCCGCCUGCUACAUCGUCAUCGUCAUCACCAUCUGGCGCAAGGGCCAGGAGCUGGGCAGCGCCGCCGACAAGUCGAAGCUCGCCGCCGGCAGAAGAGCAGCCUACACGGACGGCGACCGAGACACCAAGCGGGCCAGCUCCCGCGGCAUCAUACCCAAGGCCAAGAUCAAGACGGUCAAGAUGACAUUCGUCAUCGUGUCGGUGUUCAUUCUGUGCUGGUCGCCGUACUUCAUCUUCAACCUGCUGCACGUGUUCCACUUGUUGCCGAAGAACCAGACGAUCGCGGCGCUGAGCACCUUCUUCCAGAGUCUGGCGCCGCUCAACUCGGCGGCCAACCCCAUCAUCUACUGCAUCUUCUCCGGCUGCGACGUUUGCCGCGUCCUCCGGAGACCACGGACGCUGGAGCGGAGGCCCUCCCCACCGCCAGUGGCGCCACCUGCGCCGCCGUUAGAGGGCGCCGUCUCUCCUCGGUUCCCGUGGCUGGACGCGUUGCUGCGGCGCCUGUUUCCCUGCUGCCAGUGCGCGCAGGCCGAGCCAGGUAGCUCGCUCACCCGCAUCGGCACUCAGUACACCUUCAUGUCGGCCUCGACCGAGUCGAAGAGAGCUACCAUCUCGGCGGGCGCGCGGGCCGGCUCUCUGGCCGAGGCCGGCCGGCACGGCUCAAUCGACGUCUCGCGCCAUUUGCUGCGGACGCGCGGCUCGGUGGAGAUGACCAAUGCGCGCCUGACAUCUAGCGCGGCGGUGGCGAGGCGACACUGCGUGGAGUAGCCGCCAGGCGUCGGUGGCCGCCCGGCCGGGGUCAAGAUAGCUGCUGUCAGCGUUGCAGAUGGGGUUCUCAGCUGUCGAAAUCUCCACAACGCACGGGGUCGGAGCACAUAGCAACGGCAUUCGAACACCCAACGCACGUGAAAAAAACACCAUACCGCAGCAACCAUUUAAUUCUUGUCAUCAAACAUUUCGUCGGACGUCCAGAACCACUCGGAAGUGGGCAUCAUUUGGAUGCCAAGAGACGGAUCGCUACGAGGAACCCUGAAAAUACGCACCAGCAGGAUGUCAGACGCGACAGGUCGCUCCUUGGAAGCCCCAAAUGAAGCCGGGUGACGUCGUACAGCAGCAUGCCGCUGGCAGGGGCCCCGGUCGUGGGCGGGUAGCAGCAUACAGUUGGCAGGGCUCGAACGCAGGGGAUCAGAGGUUCCGUGACAGGCGCCGGUCCAGCACAUGCGCAGCGCUGCGCUCCGGGCAUCUCACACAGGACAGCUCAGGUGUAAGCCGGCACCAUCGCUCGCAAACCCGGCAGAAGCACCCCACGUGCCAAGGAAGUUGUGUGAAUACGCGCUCGGAUACCGGGGCAGUGAGGGCCCGACCACUUCCCAGGAGGCGAGGAUAUUCCCCGGUAAACGACCCGACUCUGCACCACAUUCGGAUGGACACGCGAUCUCCUCCAGAUCACUGUUUCGUCAGCACCGAUCACGCGUUGUACUCUAAUGUGCCGUAGAAGCUAAUCCCGACUAUUAUCGUCCGAUUUUCAUUAGCUUCAUGCAGCGUUAUCGAGGCGUUCAUAUUCGACAAUAACUGACAUUGGCAGGUGCCGGCUUUGGCGGUAGACAACAAUCUGAUUCUUAUCGCCAAUGAGGCCCAUCGCCCCGAGCCGUUUUCUCUGGAAGUAACGUUCGCUGGCGGAACUAGCCAAGGGUCGUCUCGCGUCCAGCUGCCCUCUCCGGCUUUCAUGAUAGAAGGCUCUACUCGGCUGCUACUCCACAGCCCUGCAUCGCCGGCAGGGUCGGGCCGACCGGUGCCCGGCCGCCGGCACCUCCGCUACAGGUCGGAGCCGACACGGUCAGCGGCUGGACGUGGACG